CAGAGUUACACUUGGAGAGCGGCCAUGGACCAGAAAAUAGGGAGAAAAGCCGGUGGUGCGUUGCGUAGCUGUAUUGUAGGCGAACGUUACGAAUGGAAUUACAGCGCGACGUGCCGGAAUUGUCACGUCGCGCCGAGCUGUGAAGCAACGACGUUCCUUGUGGUUGGAAAGCACGCUUGUUUUGCUGGUAGUGAAAGUAGUAGCGAUUCGCCCUACCCGAAAACAAGCCCGUGCUCUGCGAGGGAAACUUCGAGGGGCAUGGUGGUGACUUCGGAGAACCCGAAAGGGGCGUCGGCCUCUUCGAGCAACGACGAAGGCGGCAGCACGAGCGGCCAGCAGGAUGGCAGCUUUGAGUGCAACAUAUGCCUAGACACGGCCAAGGAUGCCGUAGUCAGUCUCUGUGGCCACCUGUUCUGGAGCAACGCAGGUGGCGCCACCUUCAAAAUGCGAGCGCAAAGGAGCAGAGACCGAGGAGAAACGCGAGCGGAGAAGAAUGGUGUCGCUACUUUACGAAGUUCUAGGACCAUCACCCCACCACCAGCCGCCUGAGGUCCACCUGUACCUGGACGGGGUAACCAAGCACCGAACGCCUGCUGCAGCACUGCAACAGGCCGCCAUCUCCAAGCUCCAGCAGCAACUGGCAGGGCGGCUCCAGGUCUUCACUGACGGAUCCGUCAUGCCAGACGGUUCAGCGGCGGCUGACUGCGUCAUCCCAUCCCGGGUCAUCAGCAGGCAGUGCCGACUACCCUUCCCGGCGAGCUCGACGGCUGCGGAGCUGGUAGGGCUACACCUGGAGGCGGACCUGCUGGCCGAGGACGUUCCGGCGGAACCAGUCACAGUCCUGUGUGACAGCAAGGCAGCCCUGCAGACGCUGGUCAACCAUCGCCGUGCCGGGCUCACGAGGAGUCUCCUGGCAACCAAGUAACGAGCCCUUGCAGCAGCUGGGAUGUCCGUCUCCUUCCACUGGCUGCCCUCUCACGUGGGCAUAGCUGGCAACGAGGAGGCGGACACGCUGGCCAGGGCAGCACACCAGCCGGGAAUCCCCAUCACCCAAGCCGUCGUGGUGAGAGACUACACGCAGGCCCGUAUCAAGAAGCUCCUCGCCUCGGUUCACCCAGACCAGAGGGUGGCCAAUAAGCGAGGACCCAGGCGUUUUCCCGAGGCAGGCCUUACCAGGAGAGAACGAGUCAAUCUGCUGCGGCUGCGGACCAGAUGCGUGUGGACCGCGGCCCGCCGCUACCUCAAGGGAUGCUGCGCCUCCCCAGCCUCCAGCCGCUGCGGCGACCCCGAGACCCUUGAGCACCUCAUCUGUGCCUGCCCUGCCUUGGCCCAGGAACGCUCGAGGGUCACCGCAGCCUACCAGAGACAUAGCCUUCCUGCCACCACCCUAGAACACCUGCUGUUCCCAUCUCGUCCCCAUCUACCAGCGCUCCAGAGCCUGGUGGAGUUCCUGGACGAGACGGGAAUCAUGGCCUACCGCUGAGGACGGGCCCCUUGCCACCCCUACCCUUGCUUCUGGACUGCUGCUCGUGCUGAUGACGACCGUGCCACUGAUCACUUAAUCUUUUCUCUUCUUUCCACUUUUCUCCCUUUUCCCUUCCCCGCGGGCACUGCGCCGUGCUCCCGACCGGGUUGCAGAAAUUAGGUGCCUUUUCUCAUCUAACCACUACCACAACCACCACCAAGUUCUAGGGGUUUUAGGGUACCUCUAGUUUUACCAAAAACCAAGUGCAACUACCGCCACCUAGCAUGUGCAGCUCUUGGUCACGUCAGCACACAGAACUGUGACACACUUCCGCACGGAUCACACCAAGAAUUACUUUACAAUAGAAAACCGGACUGCAGUGACGCCAAACACAAAACUUUCAAAGUGUGCACUACGGCAAGCAGCCUCCGAGAAGUAUAAACUGCGGGAACAAACACGGCAAAGAAAAAAUGGUGGACAUGACGUCAUCAUAACUUGUUUUAUGGACUGCAGCGAGGUGACGGGAGGGAUGUAGGAGGUCCCCUUUAAAGGUAUCAAUGGCACGACGGAGUCGAGGGCUCACGUUAACUUCAAAAUUAACUUAAAAUACGUUCUCAGCUAUAUUCCUUCUUGGUGUUUCGUGGAUGAUACACGAAUGUUCACGGGAAUCAACCCCACAGGCUAUCUAUCUCGGCCGCAAAACUUUUUGUCAGUACCCCUUCAAGAUUGCCCCACCGCGGUGGUGACAAACGUACUCUGUUGCUGACCCACAGAUCGCGGGAUCGAAUCACGGCUGCAGCAGCUGCAUUUCCGAUGGAGGCGGAAAUGUUGUAGGCCCAUGUGAUCAGAUUUGGGUGCACAAUAAAUAACCCUAGGUGGUCGAAAUUUCCGCGGAGCCCUCCACUACGGCGUCUCUCAUAAUCAUAUGGUGGUUUUGGGACGUCAAACCCCACAUAUAAAUCAAAACAAAACCCUUUCAAGAUUACGCGCACUACGCGAACAUUACAAUUAUUCUGGAACCUACGUGGCCGCUAGCGAUAACACUAGAAAGAGCACAUGUAUUAAUGCCGACGCGCUUCACCGCUUGUGAGUUGAUCGACCGCCGGCGCUCUGUUCGUCACUGUUCGUCAGUGCCAGUGUGUAUCGCUGUAAUCUGACUUUCCAUUCACUGUUUACAGGUUUGUCCAAAUAAACAGUUUUAUCUUCGAC